UCAAAUGACACUGCGAUGUGCCAUAAAAAACUGAACGAAAAGGGUGCUAUAAAAUGUAUCAAGCCUUCGUGGAAAAAUUAUACGGUAAAAAGUGCAUUUUGCUUCGUUUUAGCAGGAAGUGUGUUUCUCGUGUUCUGUUCCGUUUUUUUCCCUAAAAACCUAAAUUAUUUAUGUGCUAUUUUGUGAAAUUACAUGUUAAUACUGUUAACAUUUAUAAGAAGUUGAGAUUUGAACUGCAAAUAUGUUAACAUCGAAGAAAAAAGCAAUUCUGUAUGAAUUUGUAGUAGAUUUGCUGGUUAAAGGUAUAAUCACCUACAAAUAUCCCGAUAAUCACAUCCAAAAGAGUCACAUUAAGAAGAUCUUUAGAAGCUAUCUGAUAAAGCAUGGCGCCUUCGAUCAAUUUUACCAAGACAAUCUCUCCUCUAUCUUGGAAGAAUGCAAGAUUAUUGAUCCUCUGGAGGGUUCUCGAAAAGAUGACAGGACUAUUUACAAGUUCUCCAGUGAGCGUCUGCUUGAGUUGAUCAAGAAGUUUACCAAAGUGGGAAAAUUUUUCACACUCAAGGGACUGAUUGAUCCGGAACCCAGUGAAUUGUUUGUCCAUCACAGUGUGACAUUCUCUUCACUGACACCCGGUGAUGCUCCCUAUCGUUAUUACUGCGCGAUUUGCGAGAUGGCUUUCAAGUUACCAAGAGCAUAUGAAGAUCAUAUGAGAUUUCAUGUUAAUUGUGCUAUUCCCAGGACGGCUAAAGUAUUUCCUCAGUCAUUCAAACUAUCAGUGGUGGAGAUAACAAUGCAGAACGUCGUGCUGGAGAUUGCAAACAGACUUGAUACGUAUCAGAGUAUCCAGAGGAUUCAAUUAAUUUCUCCGUCCUACAUGAAUAUUCCAAUUUCCGUCUCAAAUUGGCCAAUUUUCUUAGAUGAAGGGAAAAGUAUAGUUCUCGAAGUGCCUCGGAUUGUCUUUCAGGAUAUAUUCGAGGUGAUGGGCAUUUGGAAAAUUGUCUUUAAGUUUAACGGGAAGAAAGUCAGUCGAGGAACGGAAGUGUAUGAUCUUGUGUCUUACGAUAGAAACGAGUACGUGAAGAAAUUGAUAGCUGAAGAAGAGACUAAAGAUAAUGAUGAGCUAAAAUUGUAUAGAACACUUCAGCAUUAUCCAACGUAUGAAAUGGAGGCUCUAUUUAACAGAGACUUUACAAUUGACGGAAAGACCAAUUCCCUUGAAAUCAAUUUGUAUAGAAAGCUCAAUGAGUACAAUACGGCUGAUAGAUCAACCAGACUUCGUCAGAGUAACUAUGUGGAAGUUAUGAGUCACUCACUGCAGAUUGAGGAACUGAGUGUAGGCAGAGAAGUACGAAAGUACAAUAGGUGUGACCAAAUGCUACAUAAUUAUGGUAGACACCUCUACUCUCUGGAUAUUGAGAAUGUAUCAGAGAUGAGACCGUCGAUUUUGCCAUUUGAUCGAAUUUGUUUGAUAUCGCAAGAUGAGUAUUUUUUUACACAACCACCGUAUGACUCGAAAACAAUUGCUGAUGCAGAAAAGAUAUUCGGAUCAAUUGUUCGAAUUGAGUGUGAUUCUAUAUUGGUACGAAUAUGGGAAGAAAUCAGGACAGAUGUGAUGUACCAUGUGAGCUUUUUGCCCAACAGAAGUAAUUUUCGCAUUGAAGGACAUGCUCUCUACUUACUGAAGAAUUCACCUAAACUUCAGAGCAUUCUCUUUCCUACUGAGCCACCAGCACCUAUUAAUUCUUUGGCUAAGAAAGAACCAAUUUGGUUUAAUAAGUGUGUGGCACAGAAUGCUGAACAGAAAAGUGCAAUAAUGCACAUUGUAGCUGGAACUGCAUAUCCCUGUCCCUAUAUAAUCUUUGGUCCUCCGGGAACGGGAAAAACUUUGACUGUGGUCGAAGCAGUUUGCCAACUGUGGAAGCAGCAAAAGAACUCCCACAUUUUGAUAACUGCUCAAUCUAAUUCCGCAUGCGAUGAGAUCGUUUUGCGCCUUCUUAGAUACCUGCCCAGUUGCGACAUUCUCAGAAUGUUUUCUAAGGUGAAGGAGAAGGAACUCCCCAUGAUGGACCCUGAAUUGGCUAGAGUGGCGAAUGUGAAAGGUGAUUUUUUGUACUAUCCACCGCUAAAGAGGAUAUACGAGUACAGAAUCGUCGUUUGUACCAUGAGUACAGCGGGAAAAUUGGUGCAAGCUAGAAUUGAUACCAAACACUUCAGUCAUGUCUUCAUUGAUGAAAGUGGCUGCUGCACAGAGACACAAACAAUUGUUCCAAUUGUGGGUGUUAUUGCAAAUGAGCAUAACAUUCAUGGACAAAUAAUCCUUGCUGGAGAUCAUAAACAAUUGGGGCCUGUUUUAACGUCUUCCCUGGCAAGGGAUCGAGACUAUCAUGUUUCUAUGAUGGAACGUCUCAUCAAUAGUCCUGUUUACAAGAAGCAUGUCGCAACUAACGAGUACAAUGCGAAUCUUGUGACUAAAUUGAUUCACAACUAUCGAUCCUACCCACCUCUUCUCGAUAUAUCCAACAUAAUGUUCUACGAUGACGAACUAAUUUCGAAUGUCGACAAUGAUUGGGCAUUGCAUUGGAAAUUUCUUCCAAAUAAGGGUAUCCCGAUUGUGAUGGAUCCAAUUGUAGGAUACUGUGAUCAAGACUACGAUUCACCAAGUUAUUUUAAUAUUGAAGAAGUCAAUGCUGUGAUGACAAUCAUUGAAGAAAUACUCUCCAAUGGCAUCAAUUCAAGGAAGAUAAAAGAAAGUCAUUUGGGUAUAAUUGCACCAUAUAGAAAGCAAGUGAUGAAGAUUCGUGAAAAAUGUACGGCUCGCAAUUGGAAUGAUAUCGAUGUGGGUUCUGUGGAAUUGUUCCAGGGAAAGGAGAAAGAAGUGAUAAUUGUGUCAACGGUGAGAUCACAAAGGAGAUCGCUGGGAUUUCUGAGUGAUCCCAAAAGGCUCAAUGUCUUACUGACUCGUGCAAAAGCACUCUUGAUCAUUGUGGGCAAUCCUGGAACGCUCAAGAAUGACAAAAAUUGGAGAUUUGUUGUUGAUCUUUGCAGAGAAUAUGGACUGAUUACUACAUUGUCCUACAACAUGCGAUUUUCUAAAUAUUUUGAUGAAGUACUCACUGGCAUGACGAUUGAUUUUAGACGUAUGAACUUGUAAGAUUGAUAAAAGUUUCAAACAACAUUAUAUUUUCAUAAUAAUGAAAAUACAAAUUACCAUUAAUUAGUAUAGUAAA